AUGGGAUCUUUCAUUACAAGCGACCAAUCCAACCAAGGAAACCCCAAAGAUGGAAUCCCUUGGUACCUUGAUACUCUUGAACGUGUUCCUCCAUUGGCGCAGCGUGUCUUAGAAGAGUACGCUGGACUGAAGCCGGAGGAGGUCAAAGAACACGUUCUGAAGAUUCGUGAGAAAGCCUGGACGUCGUCCCCGUAUCCAUGCGUUGGACUCUUUCGAUUCCUUGACUUCUCUCUUCCCGACUCACCACUAUAUCGCGAGGUGCUUGACCGGGUCAAACACGGAGAGAAGCUGUUAGACUUCGGCUGUUGUUUUGGCCAUGAUAUUCGAGCUUUGAUCGCGGACGGGGCGCCCGCUGAGAACCUCUAUGCUGCGGAGCUCAAUGCAACCUUUUUGGAUCUUGGGUUUGAGCUAUUCCGUGACCGAGACACUAUCAAGUCUACGUUCUAUACGGCGAAUAUUUUUGAUGAGAACGACAAGCUCCGUGCCGAGAGAUUGGAUAGCUUCGAGAUAAUCCACACUGGCUCCUUUCUGCAUCUUUUCUCCUGGGACGGCCAGAAGAAAGCGGCCCUUGCCCUCCUGAAGCUACUUAAAAGGCAGAAGGGAUCGCUGAUCGUCGGACGUCAACACGGCAGCACAACGGCCAAGGAGGUGCAGAACUAUCUCUACAAGCCGACCAAGGAGAACGAGGCCAAUGGACGGCUCGCCACCUUCUUUAACCAUGAUGCGGAGAGUUUCCAACGGCUUUGGGACGAGAUUGGGGAGGAGACAGGAUUGAAAUUCGAGGUGAGAACUGAAUGGGGCACCUGGGGCUCUGCGAAUGGGAUGGAUCCGGCGUACUAUAAUCUUUGGUCGUGGGAGGAUAAGGAGACCCUGCGUUUCAAGUUUUGGGUUCGAGUGAUCUAG